UCAGCCGGGUUAAUGAGCUCGGCGAGGGGCGGAGCUGAGGUGGAAGGAAAGCAGGGCGGCGUGGUGUCUGCGGGUGCCUGAUGGUGAGUCGCCAUGUCUGACGAGAUCAGUAAGGCGCAGGCUGCGCGCCCCGGCGGGGACACCAUCUUCGGGAAGAUCAUUCGCAAGGAGAUUCCUGCCAACAUCAUCUACGAGGACGAGCAGUGCCUUGCGUUCCAUGAUAUCUCACCUCAAGCUCCAACGCAUUUUCUAGUGAUUCCUAAGAAGCCAAUUGUCAGGUUAUCUGAAGCAGAAGAUUCUGAUGAAUCUCUUCUUGGGCAUUUAAUGAUUGUUGGCAAGAAGUGUGCUGCUAACCUGGGCCUGACCAAUGGAUUCCGGAUGGUUUUGAAUGAAGGGCCUGAGGGUGGGCAGUCUGUCUAUCAUGUACAUCUCCAUAUUCUGGGAGGUCGUCAGUUGGGCUGGCCUCCUGGCUAAGAUUUUUACACCACAAGACAUGCUGCAUGCGUACAAAUCACUAGCAAAUAGAUCUGUUUCCAGUCAAAUUAGCCACUGUUAAUGUAAAUUGUUCUUGGAUAUGUGUCUUUGAACAGUACUUGCACAAUAAAGAUACAGCAUGUGGGAA